AUGGAGGGAGGUGAUGAUCUCCACCAACACCAGCAUCACCACCAACGGCAAAACUUCCCAUUCCAACUCCUAGAGAAAAAAGAAGACCAAGAAGCUGCUUCUUGCUCCACCUCAUCACCAUACCCAUCCCUAGCAAUCUCAGCCGAACCCACAACAUCCAACAACAACCAAUUAGUCCUUGCAUCCACCGAACCCUCCAACAAAAAACCGCUGCCAAAGAGAACCUCCACCAAAGACCGCCACACCAAGGUCGACGGCCGCGGCCGCCGCAUUCGAAUGCCUGCUCUCUGCGCCGCCAGAGUCUUCCAGCUCACCCGCGAACUCGGCCACAAGUCCGACGGCGAAACCAUCGAGUGGCUCCUUCAACAGGCCGAACCCGCUGUCUUCGCCGCCACAGGCACCGGCACAAUCCCCGCUAACUUCACAUCCCUUAACAUAUCUCUCAGAAGCUCCGGCUCCACCAUGUCCGUCCCAUCUCAGCUACGAUCCUCUUACUUCAACCCAAAUUUCUCCCUCCAACAACGCAGAACCUUGUUCCCUGGAAUCACCUUCUCCUCUGAGAACACCACCAACACUUCAACCACUCUUCUCAAUUUUCAACAAUCCAAUAAUAACCUAAUAACCACCGGCAAUAUCUCGGAGAACACAGAAGAAGAAGAAGAAGCUCUGGGAAGAAAACAGCGACCCUCCGAGCAAGACUUGUCGUCGACACAGAAUCAAUUUGGGAGCUAUUUGUUGCAGUCGAGUAGUUCAGGGAAUAUUCCGGCGAGUAAUACUCAGAUUCCACCGAAUAUAUGGAUGCUAGCGAAUUCGAGUAACCAAGGUACUGUGAGUGGUGACCCUACUGUGUGGACAUUCCCAGGGGUGAAUAACAGUGCUUUGUAUAGAGGAACCAUGUCAAGUGGGUUGCAUUUCAUGAACUUUCCAACCCCAAUGGCGUUGUUGCCUGGUCAGCAAUUAGGGUCUUUUGGUGGUGGCAGUAGCGGUAAUAUAAAUGAAGGACAUUUGAGUAUGCUUGCGGGCUUUAACCCUUAUCGGCCGGUGAUCGGCGUUUCAGAGUCUCAGGCAAGUGGGUCACAAUCACAGCACGGUGGCGGCGGUGAGGACCAGCAUGAUAACACUAGUCACACUCACCACUCAUAG